AUGUCCGUAAAUGAACCUGGUUCGAGCUCUCGGCAACCUUCCGCACAUGUUGUCGAGCUAUGGAGAAGAGCAUCUCUUCCAGUAGAAGCGAAACCUGAAAAUGUCCCGAUUACGCGGACGCAGAUAUCUCAACGGUUAUCCGGGGAGCGUUCAUGGCUGUGGACAAAUCUUUCGCAAAUGUCACCGUCCGACCAAGCGAUAAUGAUGACCAGCUUGACGUCGAUGUGGCCAUAUCCAUGGGAACGAAGAGGGUUGAAUUGGCCUCUACAAGCCGGGGUUUUUGCAAACUGCAUCACUUCUACGUUGAUAGCAACAAAAAUCAGCUCCGAUAUGGUUAAUUUCAAUCCGAAAAUGAGUUUCUUUGAAGCAAUUAAGCAGUGUCCAAAGUCACCGUUCAUAUUUGGUGUCUACUCUUCUGGAAUUGCAUACUACGUGUUACGUCAGGUUUUCUUAGUACCUGAUGUUUUUAACGAAAAGAAACCGUGCAGUUCCUGCAUGCUAUCUCGAUCUGUUCUCAUUUCUUUGUCAAGCGGGAUAUUUUUACCCAUGCUGGCGUCGCCAUACUUGUGUUAUUACAUAUUGUUACAACGACAAGACCGAAAGUUCCCACCUGUGAAAAAUUAUCUGGACUUUUUAGCUCUCAGUUGGGAAGGAAGCCGUAUCGCUAGACCUUUGCUUUUGAAGUUAAUUCCGUUUCAAGCAGUAGUAGCUGCUUUGUCAACAUAUUUCCUUUUGUGGGGACGAGACAGGAUGUUCGGGACACUUGAUGCUGAUCCAGAUUUUGCUCGAGAACUGCUUGUUUCAAUACAACUGAAGCCCAGCUUUAAAACAAGAUUUAUGGACUUUCUUCGGUCGGUACCGUACUGCAGUGACAUCGUCGACAACGCCGAUUAUAUCCGCGUAUCGAUGUUGCUGAAGUUCAUCUGUUUGACGUCAUUUAUUCCAUUUGUCAAUCCAUUUCUUGCGUCCGCAUUCUCAUCGGUUUCUCAAGCCGGAAAAACAUCGAACUGUGAAGAUUGGAGUGAAUAUGGGCCUUGUUUCAGCACCUCCGAUCGUAGUUUCUGGCAUAGAUUGCCGCGACAAUGCUACCAAAAUAGAUACAUGUCGCUUAUAACUGGUAUCGGGAAUCCAAUCGUACAAAAAGUGAUGGACUAUGCGGAAAUGUUCAACAAAUCCGCAGACGCUUGCGGCAUGUGCAACGUACAAGUAUCGUGUUCGCCACGAUGUGAAUACGCACCUGGAGGGAAUUCGUUCGGCGUUGUCGAUCGAAUCUGUGAUCUACCAACGGAAAAACAAGCAUGUGCAAUGACUGCACGAGCGUAUGAUGAAAAUUCUGCAGUGGACUUCCUAGGUGCCCUUGUUCCCCCGAACAUCCGCGAUCAAGUAUGGUCAUUGAAACCAUUGAACUGCAUAAGCAUUGAACAAAAGUGUUAUUGUUGCUGUGCACCAUACCAUCCGAAUCCAUGCGACGCUCAAUGUACACUACAACCAUGCAGUCGACGCCAAGCAUUCUCUUCAGCACAGAUCAAGAUUUUACGCCGAAAAUGGUUGGCAAAAAUUGAGGAACAAGACUGA